GUGUUAGAGAACAGAAAACGGGACUCAAAGAUGGAGAUGAAAGUCCUGGAGAACCUGCAGGAACAGAAGGAGCUGAAUCAGCGACAGGCUCGGGGUCCAUGCUGCAGCAGUCCAGUGAGCUGCAGAAGAGACGGAAGAAACAGGAGCAGGAGGAGGAUGAGAGAGAACUUCAAAAUACUAUCCCCUGGAUUUUAAUCAAUAAAAAUCCCCAAAAUUAAAUGCCCUAAAUAUCGUCAGUUUAGAUCGGUUAGACUGAUGGCUCCUUUCAACAUGAGGUGUAAGAGUUGUGGCAAGCACAUCUACAAAGAAACAACGCUUAAUGCUCAGAAAGAGACGGUGCAGAAUAAGCUGUAUCUGGGCGUGCCCAUCAUUCGUUUUUCAAUUAAAUGCACGAGAUGUUCGGCAGAGAUCACGUUUAAGACCGACCCUGAAAACACGGAAUACAAAAUGGAAAAUGGUGCAACGAGAAACUUUCAGGUCAUGUGUAGUAACUUCCUUACAGUGUGUCUCAUUGUUUCCAGCAAAAUGUGUCAAUAGUCCUAAAUGCUUCAGUGUUCGUUCCCCAGGUGUUAAAGAACAGAAAACGGGACUCAAAGAUGGAGAUGAAAGUCCUGGAGAACCUGCAGGAACAGAAGGAGCUGAAUCAGCGACAGGCUCGGGGGUCCAUGCUGCAGCAGUCCAGUGAGCUGCAGAAGAGACGGAAGAAACAGGAGCAGGAGGAGGAUGAGAGAGAACUGGAUCUCCUCCUUGUGGAACAACCCCACCUGCAGUGUGGUACUGCGCACCAGUUAUUUUACCCACCUGCAUCCUGGUGGUGGUUGAGCCCUUCUCGAAGGCCUGUCGGUUCAUCUCCCUGAAGGGCCUACCAACCACCCUUGAGACAGCGGAGGCCCUCUUCCAGCACGUCUUUCGGAACUUCGGCCUCUCGGAAGAGAUAGUCUCCAACCGCGAU